CCCAUAAAUACAUACAUUUUGUCUAUCAACUUUUCGCGCUUAAUUCUUCUAAGCUUAUCACCUAUAUAGUUUUCCUCCGUCCCACCAUUCAUUUUGUCUGUCACCUUUUGAGCUCGCUGCAUUUUCGUUUUCUUCGGGAGGCUUAAAUUUCUGAAGGAGUUGCCCUGUUAAAAUCAUUUUAAAUGGGAGGAGGGGAUUUACUUACAAUUGUGUCGGGAGAAGGAAUUCUUAGUGAAUCUGCAGAUUAUCCUUCUGUCUUUUCUGAAACUGAAAAUACCAAUGUAUUUCCAAAUUCUGAAGGAAAAAUGGCGACGGUGCCUGAUAAUUUUGUCCUUCUGGAAUCUCAGAAUAACAAUGUUUCUCCAAAGUCUGGAGAAAAAAUGGCUGCAGAGUCUGAGAUUUUUGCCUCUGGGGAUACAGUCUGGGUCAUGGACGAGCACAUUCUGGAAGAAUCAACAUCCUGUCCUAGAGAUGAACAAAGAAUGAUAAACUUUGAAGAUACUAAAGACAAUUUGCUGAACAAGACUGCUGUUGGGCCCACAAAUAAGAUGUUUCCCCUUUUCCAAGUUAUGAGGAUUGUAUCUGACAAGCAAGAAUUGAGCUUUGUAGAGAAGGUUCAUAUUCCAGAAGAUCAAAUUUUUCAUCUGUGCAAUCAAAUUGUGCCCAAUGCUGCAGUGAAAUGUCCUGAUAUUAAAAUUGAUUUCAAUUCCUUGAAUGACAUAUCGUUGCCCACAAUUGGAUUUUACGGGAACAAACAAAUGAUGGCUAGAAUACUUAAGGACAUGAGAGUUGUGGAUAACGCAACUCUCAAGCUAAUGCAAGAAGGGAAUCUUGAGCCAGGUUUGUAUGUUAGUCUUCUGAAAGAAGUCAUUGUUAUUUUCUAUUGGCAUCAAGGAAUCACUUUGAAAGAUGCAUCUAGGAAAGAAGUUUCGUGCAACUUCAUUCGUUAUGUUGUGGAUCUUUGUGAUGAUGUUUAUGCUUGUGUUGAAGGAAAUGAAUUAUUUGAUUCUUUAGCUGCUUAUGUUGCUAAUAAAUCUCGUAGAAGGAGAAGAACAGAGAGGCUGAAGAUUAGCCAUGUUCAAAAUUCUGAAAAUGAUGUCAAGAUUUCUUGUGGUUGGAGUGUGGAUGUCCAAAGGUUCAUGACAGAUGCAAAACCUCCUGAGGGUUUGAUGACACCCGAGUGUGCAUUGUUCUUUGCUGAAGGAUACCAUCGUUGUGCUUUCCUCAGUGCAUGUUAUAAACCAGCAAAAAAGUUUGUUAAGACUAGCGGGAAGAAAAUUAAGCUUGAUGCACUUCGUUCUGAGUUAGAGGAAUUGUCAAAUUGCUAUGAUCUUGAUUACACCAGGCUCUCUAAUGAGGAGUUUCUUCUAUUACUUAAGCAUUCUAAAAUGCCUGAGUAUCAGAGUUAUGAAGAUUUGAUGAAAUCAAUUCAAGAUCGCCGCUGUCAAUAUCACAAUUCCAGUGUAAUUGAAUCCAAAGUCGAUGAAUUAGGAUUCGAACUCUUGAAUAGUAUUCUUCAUGUUCUGCCAGAAUAUUGCAGCUCUAUUCAAUAUUUUUCUGAUUUGGAAAUCUCAGAACUGAUGAAGAAGGACAUUAUUGCAUGUAAUGAAUGCCCCCCGAAACUUGGCCGAUUUGAUCAACUUGAACGUCAAUUAGCUAGUAUUUGGGGUCUUCACCCAGACGAGCAAAAGCUGCUUUUUACUGGUACAGAGUUUACAUUUAAACAGAGGAAUGGUGAGGGGGACCUGAUAUUUGUCAUUGAAAAGUCUGGAAACCCAAUUAUGUUUGGAAGAGACAUUGUCUUGAGGUACAAGGGGGAGGAUAACAAGACCACAAAUGCCAAAAUUCUGUCCGCUAUGCAAGAGGCAUCUUGGAAGGAGUUUCCAGUAAUGUCAGGUAUUCCGGUUCUUCUCAGAUUUGAAAGCAAAUGGAAGUCCAAUGAAGGCAUCAUAGAAGUCAGCCAGACCCUGGAUGGUGUACUCCAUGACUGGAUAAAGCCUUCAGUUCCAAAGGAAUUACUUAACUUGGAAAAGAACAUUGUUUUCUUGGGUUCACUGAUGACCAAUAGUAUGUCAAAUGAAUUUUGCCAGCUUCUUAUUGAUAGACUUCUGCAAAUGGAAAGAGAUUCCAUUGAGAAGAACCUCCUUUUGGCAUACGUCAUGAGCGAUGAGGAGUUGGAUCAAUUAAAAAGUUUCAGCACAUCUGACAUGAGAAGGUUUCUGACUGCUGGUAGCCUUGAAGUUAUUCAUCAGUUGCUCGAUUCUAUUGAAGUGGACCUUUCUCCAGAGUCACUGGUGUCUUACAUGCAAUGUAGGAAAAGCUUAUUUGAAUUUAAACUUGAUGAAACUUUGACGAGAGUUCUGUUUUCAGUUGGACUCUGGAAGGAUCUAUGGUCAUCAAUCUAUAAGGAAGGAAAAGAAGCAUUCAAUGAAAAUGUAAAAGCUAUGCUAAGGAAAGAUAUCUUCCCCCUGCUUCGAGAAAAAAUUAAAUACGAAAAGGUUGCAGCUGAAAAGCUUCAGGAACAGAUAUUCAAAGAUGAGAAAGAAAAUUUCUUUACUCUAUUAAAGAAGAAUCUAAGUCAAAACAAAAUGAGGGGAAGAUGUCUGCAUUUUCAAAGCUUCUGUGUUCAAAAGCAUUAUCAUUUUUUGGGAUCUCAAGAAGCAAACAUGCAGUUUACAACUGAAGAAGAAGAAAAGCCAUGUAUACGGUGGAUGACUAUGGAGAUGGCACCCAAGAAAAAGGACUUGGAUGAAUUAAAUCAUAACUCAAUGUAUUGCAUCACUCCAUCAUGCUCAGAUAUGGUUGAGUUAGUUUGCUGUGAUCCUGAAACAGAAGAUCUGAAAAAGGUUGCAUUCCUGAAAUCUGGAGAGCUGUUGGUUUUCAUACAUGAGAAGAAACAGAAUAACCUGAACGUGCACAUGGUCCCAAAACUAGGGCCACUUGUGUGUGGGAGUAAUCCCAUUCAUGUAUUUAGAAGGGGUUUUAAUUUGGUAGCUUUUGAUGAACGUACCAGAUUUCUAGCUCUCUUUGAUGCAGAUCUAGCCAAGGUUCAAAUUUACAAGUUUGAUGAGUCAUUCCGCCACAUAGAUUGGACUGGUAUUGAGAUCAUUCUUGAGUUUUUUUCAGGAAGUGCAAACACAGUAUGGAUGCAGUUUAUUCCAGGGAAAGCUGAAUUGCUUUUAAUUGAUGACUCAAACAGAGCCAGGGUUGUUGAACUCCAUCAACAACCGCUCAUGAAGCCCAAGCAUUUAUCUCUUUUGUCAGAUUUUACAAAUGCAUUUGUGUCAGGGGAUGGCUCCUUUCUUUUUGUGUUUCAGAGAGUUGCCAAAUACACACAAGAUUGUUCCUUGUCCUCAGCACAACUAUCUUCUCAUGAAACUUGCUCUCGGUUGGAGAUUGAGGUCAGAGUUUAUAUGCUAGGUGACAUCAUGUCUUACUUGAAGAGCAUUUACUUGGAUAGAAAACUUGAAGACUUAGGGAAUCUACAGGCAAAGAUUGUGCAUAUUGGUUGUCAAAUUCACCUUGUGCUCUUUAAUAUUGUGACUGGCUGCAUUUCUUCCAAUAUAUUAACUCUUGCUUCAGCCACUGAAGUUUUGGAGUUUCGUGAAUUAUCAAAAGGGAAGCAAAAUUCUGAAAUAUAUAAAAAUGAUGUGUACCAGGAUUGUCCAAAGAGUUGUGCUGCAUUAGAUUAUGUUUAUCAUAUUUUUGAUAAAUUUGCAGUUAGUCCUGCUCUGUUUAGAGGACUUGCGAGACAUCUUAACUUUUAUGUAUUGCUAAAAUCAAAAGAUACAUCCAGGGACGAUCUUGUUCAAAGAAAAUGUGAAGAAUAUUUGAAGCUUCUUAUAGGGCAGUUGGAACAGGAAAAAGGAAAAGAUUUUUCAGAAUUGAUUAUUCAUUUUCAUGUUAAGUCUGAGAGUUGGGAUUCUAAGAGUAUAAAUACCACAUUGCCAUAUUCUCAGAAGAAGGCUGCAGGAAACUGGAUUCGUCAGCUCAUUUGCCUCGUACCCAUUCAAAUUACUCGAGCUGAGAAUAAUGGAAUAAGGCCAUUGCUCAAUGGCCUUCAAAUACCGCCACACCUCAUUUAUGCAGAUAGUAUAUCACUGGCUAAUUUGAUGCAUUUUGGCUUAUAUGAUGCAGUGCUGAAUCAAUGGGAUGGUAAGAUAAAGGUGAUAUCAUCAAUGGGAAAACAGAGCAGCGGUAAGUCAUACCUAUUAAAUCAUUUAUCUGGAUCUCUUCUUGACGUAGCAGGGGGUAGAUGUACAGAUGGUGUAUGGAUGACAAUUCGGUUGGAUGCAAGAUGCCUCUAUGUACUCGUGGACUUUGAAGGGCUAGGGAGCUUUGAGAGGACAGAACAAGAAGACAUGAUGCUCUCUGUCCUUAAUGCAGCCAUCAGUAAUCUAACAAUAUUCAAUAAAAAGGACUUUCAUCUUGACAAGGAAACAGAGGCUGUGUUUCAACGCUUUCAAAAUGGGGUGAGCUUGGUUAAGAGCGAUGAAAAGUUAUUCAAGGGACUAUUCUACAUAGCAAUUAAGGAUGUUGAUUUAGCUGAUGUAGAUGACUUAAAAGAUGAGUUUCGCAUAAAACUAUUACAAAUUUGUAAAAGAUCCCGUGAGAACUUUCUAACAAAGAUGUAUGGAGGAACGGUUGAACUUGCUGCAAUGCCUUCUUUCACUCGGAGAGAAUAUUAUCAAGAGAGUCUGUCUGAAAUGGCAUUGACUGUGGAAGAAGAUUUAUAUCAUACUUAUCAGAAUGGGCGAUCUUUCUUGAGAGAUUUGAAACUAGUUACUGCCCAGAUAGCAGCUAAGGACUGGACCCCUGUUGAUUUGAAGCGCGUUGCGAUGAAGGUGGAAAUCCUCCGUAAAAAUAUGGAUUCUGUGGUCAGAGAAGGAUGUCUCUCUAUGACAGGAGGCAGCAGGGUGCUUGUGAAUUUUGACACUCAAGAAGAAAUACUGGAUGCUCCAAUAGAGCUUGGGGAUCUGUUGAUUGACAUGCAGGAUACUGGACUGGAGCUUGCACCUACUGAGGAAUCAAUGUCAAAUGAUAAAAUUCUUUCCGAUCUUAGAUCUAGGCUAGACACAGUUUUCACAAAAAGAGGUGUAAAUGGUGACCAGUGGCACUCAAUGUUUCAGCGUUUUUUAGGAGCACUGAUUGACAGACGGUGUGAUCGUGUUCAAAGGUGGCUCUGCAGCAACACAACAGAAUUUACUGGCAAUCAUGAUGUACAGAAGUUGCAAUUAGAAACUGUUGCAGCUCUUGCAGAGCUCAAACAGGGUCUCUCUGUAUGUGGUUGCAAGUGCUCUAUCUGUUUCUGGCGAUGUGCGCUGCAGAAAGGCCAUUCUUCUGAUCACUCUUGCAUGGGAAAUCAUGCGUGUACAGAGCAAUGCACAUAUUGCUCUGUUGAAGCAAGCCUAGGAAUUGAAGUGGAGGAAUGUCGCAAUUUGGCAGGCCAUGAAGGAGAUCAUGAUUGCAGAAGGAGAAAUCAUACAUGUGGCAAAAUUUGUUCUUUAAAUGAUAAAUCAUCUAACUGUACUACUGCAUGUUGCCUUAAAAUUGGGCAUGAAGGCCCUCACAAGUGCAAUUCUCCACAACAUUUGUGCAAGAUGAAGUGUUCUCUUGGAAGCUGUACAAAUCCUUGUGUAGUGCCAAUUGAGCUUGGGGAUCAUGAGAAACAUGCUUGCCAUGAAAGGUUUUGUCCCAAAAAGUGCAUCAUGGAUAGCUGCCCUAGAUUUUGUGGCUAUGAGGACCAUUUCCAUGCAUUAAAAAGUGACGAACAUCUCUGUGGCAGUGAGCAUGCUUGUCAGGAGAAAUGCGAAGCUGAGGGCAUCUGUGAAAUUUUCACUGAACUUGUGCGACAAACACGUACAUUUCAGGGCAAAAGAAGUUCCUUUGAGUAUGAGCAUGUCUCUGAACAAAAUGGACUGCGGAAGGAUUGUUGCAUCCCGAUCCCGGCAUUUGAAAAAACUCACAAGGGCAUGCAUAUUCACACGCUCAAUCCAGAUGCUGUACAUUAUUGUAAUGUUAGGUGUGAAGCAUGCGGGUAUUUUUGUCAAAAGCCCAUCAAUCAUGCUGGAUUGCAUAAUACAGUUCAUGGGAAUAUGAGACAUGUUAACUUUGUAUCGGACAGAGAAGAAUUUGAUAUCAGUGGCAGGCAAUACUCUUGCGGAGAAUCUGGGAUAGCGGAGAUGUGUAACAUGCAUUGUAAAUCGCAAGGGCGAGGCCACAUUCAUUUGAUUCGUUGUCCCGUGAAUGAUAAAUUAGAGUGCACAAGUCGUUUGUAUGAUGGGUCAAGGCAUGAGACAAAGAGAUAUAGCCCUAAUGAAGAAAUUUCAAAAGAUGAGCUUACCCAUGAGACCUAUUGGAGAAGAAUGCGUUUUGAAGAUCCUUGCAGCGAAGAAGAUCAGAAAGAGUUUGCUCUAUGUAAACACCUUUGCAGGUCAAAGGAACACAACGAAAGUGAUGGUAGCAUUUCAAGGUCGUAUUGCACAGAGAAACUAUGGCAUGCUCCAGUGGGACCCAAUGGCUCAGUUGCAUCAUCUUCUGGGUAUGUAACUAAAGAUGGUCAUGUUUUUGCAUGUCAACAUUCCAAUAACAUUGCUCAUCAUGUGGUUUUUGUCAUCGACAAGUCUGGCUCAAUGAAUUCUUCUGAUAUAAGACCCACCAUGUCCAAAUUUCUGCCUGGACACAAUUGUAGGCUGGGAUGUGUGUAUGAGGCAAUUGUUCGCUUCAUUGUCACACGAAACAGAACAUCAAGUGAUGAUUCUGUGUCUGUGGUUUUGUUUGAUAAUAAAGCAGUACUCGCCUUAGAAAUGGAAGAGAUGAAAGCGGAUAUAGUGGACCACCUGCUUCAGUAUCGUGCAUGCGGGGGAACUAGUUAUUCAAGUGGCCUACAAUUGGCAGAGGACGUGCUCAUUCAUGCAUCCAAAUAUCCUUAUGUCGAGAAAAAGAAACCAACAGUCAUUUUCUUGAGUGAUGGCGGAUAUGGAGAUGGGAAGGACCCUGUUUGUUUUGUAAAUAGAUUGAAGCAGAUGGAGCCGAGACUGGUACUUCAUACCAUCAUGUUUGGAAGGUGUCCUACGGUUCAUAUUUUGGAGAGGAUGGCAGUAGCCGGGAAUGGCUCAUUUCAGCAGAGUCUUGAUGAAGUGCAGUUGCAACGAAGCUUUGAGAAUUUAGCGAAUAGUUUGCAGCCUGAUGUUGCUGCUUUAAUGAGAUUAGAUAAUUAGUACUGAACUUUUGUGUGUUAGUUAUUUACAUAUUUGCGGCUUUGGUAAUUUUAAGACGUUUCCAAUUUUAAAUUUAGCUCCUUUUCAAGGGUGUGGUCUGGCAAGGCACCUUUUGGUUUCUAUCUGUUUCAAUUCCAGUGGUUGUAGACAAAGUUUGGUUAUGGAAGUGACGAUGCUGAAUGGGAAGAACAUUAUAGAAUAUAGUUGCUUCAAUGUAAAGGUUAUACAGUUGAUUCAAGUAUAAAGUUUAAAACAUUUACAGACAACUGUUGAAUUUUGUUUAGCUUUUAAAUAUUGU